AUGCCGAUCCGCCCGCUGGUGGCCCGUCGCGGUUGGAAGAGCGUCCCCGACAGACUGGCGCAUGGCGAUGCCGCGCGACGCGCCCAAGCGUCGCAGGUGCGUGCAGGCAAGCAGGCCGUUGCAGGCGCGCGCGACGAGGGCCUGGCACGGCGGCAGGGUGGGAGGGCUGACCUGCAGCAUUUUGGACGGCAGGGCGGUUCCCUCUUCGACUCGGAGCUGCGCCAGUGUGCCGACAGCGCCGCGGUGCUGCGGGUCGGCGGCUCCACGCGGCUGCCGCUGGGCAUGGAGGACCUCCGCGCCUUCACCAACCGCCUGGUGGCUCUGGGCAAGGUGCCCCGGUCCGGUGGCGACCUCCACGGGUUCGUGUCCCGCGUCCAGGCGGCGCUGCCCGCCCUGGGCGCCGAGGCGGCCCACCUGGCGCUGGUGCGCUUCGCGGAGCUGAGCGUGCGCCAGGCCGCGCUGGCGGCCUGGCCGCUCUUCCUGCAGCACGCGGAGGCCCUGCCCCCGGCGCACUUGGCGGACGGCAUUUGGGCCGUGUCCGCGGUGCCGACGCCGCCGAACGACGUGGUCCUGGAGGCCACGGCGCUCGCGGCGGGGCGCCUCGCACCCCAUGUCGCCGAGCUGCCACCCGUGCUGCUCUACCGGAGCACCUACGGGCUGGCGCGGCUGGCAGGCCCCAGGCGCUGUGGCGAGUUCUGGAAGCGAGCGGAGAGGGCCGCCAUGUCGGCAUUGCGGCAGCGGGGCCCAUGCGUGCUGGGGCCGUCGCAGUUGGUGCGGAUGUGCUGGGCUUUCGCGCGCCGGGGCCCCCCAGAACGGCAGAUCUUUGAGGCAUUGGGCCCACGAUUGAGAGCUGCAGUGCCAGAGCUGAAGGACACAGAGCUCGAGGCCUUAUACUCCAUGCUUACAGAGCUGGAGCUCGUGGGCCAGUGGCGUCUCAUCCACGACAUCGAGCGCGCGAUGGAGGCACGGCAGCAGGGCCCCGCGAACGAGAAGGUGCCAGGCGGGGCUGGCGCAGCGCCAGGCGCACACAAGAAACCCAGGAAGCGGCUGUACGCCCGCAAGUGGUCCAAGGUGAGCUUGACGAGACCGCUCUUCCCGAAUACGCGUGGCGGCAAGAAAUCCAGCAACCCCCAGCGCUGGUAG